AUACAACAAAAUAUAGUCCUCAUUCUUUAUAGACCACACCCAAACUUUUCUUCUAAACACUCUCUCUCUCUCUCUCUCUCUCUCUCUUAUAAACCACAACACCAAAAAUUAUAGACAAAAAGAUCAUAAAUAUGAACCGUGGAGAAAUCAUAAUUAUUUAUAAUGUUAUUUUGGUUAUGCUCUCAAUUAUUAUCACAAUUCUUGUUAUCCUCCUCUUCAUAUGUUGCAAGAAAAAACCAAUCAAAGCUGAAGAAACUCUUCCCACAAAACAAAGUGCAUCCUCUUAUUCAUUGAUGGAUAUUCAUACAGCCACAGAUGGAUUCAACUAUCGUAGAAUCAUCGGUCAAGGCCGAAUAGGAAGUGUCUACGCCGCCAUAUUACCAAACGGAGAACAAGUAGCAGUGAAAAGAAUACAUCCAAGUUUAGUUUUAAGCAAUGCUGGCUUAGGUUUUUCGUCGAUAAUGAAAUGGCUUUCUUUAGCUGAUCAUCCGAAUAUCGUGUCAAUUUUAGGGUUUUCGGAAGCUCCUGGUGAAAGAAUUGUUGUUAUGGAAUUUGAAGGUAUGUUAAGUUUGGAUUUUUAUUUACAUCAAAAUUAUGAUGGUGUAGCUCUUUUGGAUUGGAGUUGUAGGUUAAGAAUUGCUGCAGGUGUUGCUAAGGGUAUAGAAUAUUUGCAUGAAAUUAUGGCACCUAAUAUAAUACAUGGUUGUAUUAAACCAUCAAAUAUAUUAAUAGAUGUUAAGUUUUGUGCUAGGGUUUGUGACUAUGGUUUGUAUUUUUUUUUGGGAAAUAAUUAUGAAAGGAAAUUAGGGUUAAUGGGAUAUGUAGAUGAUGAAUAUUGGAUUGAAAAAAAAGGUGGUUCAAAGGAAAGUGAUGUGUAUGGAUUAGGUGUGGUUUUGUUGGAGUUGUUGAGUGGAAGAAGAAAUAGUGAUAAUCAAGAAAAUUUGCUUGUGAAAUGGGCAUUGCCUUUGAUUAAAGAAAUGAAGUUUAGUGAAUUUUUGGACCCAAGACUUGUUAUACCAAGUGAUAUGAGACCUAUUGUUAGAUUGGCUAAAGUUGCUUUAGCUUGUGUUGGAAAUUCAAGAAAAAGUAGACCUUCAAUUGUUCAAGUAGCUGCUAUUUUGACUAGCUUAGAAGUUGGAUUAAGCUUCUGAGUCAGUGUAAAAAAUAUAAUAUAUAUUGUCAAUUCAGAGGCGGACCCAAGAUUUGAAGGUCGGGGUGCACUUGUGAAUUCAGUCGAAAUUUUCUUUGUAUAUAUGGUGCCCAUUACUAAUAUAUCAUUAUAUUCUAAAGACAUGCAUACAUCGAAUUUUUGUCGAACUUUACGGGUAUCAAUGACCUCUCUCGGUAUAACAUAUGUCCGCCUCUGAUUGUCAUGCUUACAUACUGGCGUUUGGUUGAAAUGUCUGGGUUUUUGAAUUUCCACAUUUACUAAUGCUGGGGGACCUAUAGGUCAUUGGUUCGAGUCGUGGAAGCAAUUAUUAAUGCUGGUAUUACGGUAGGCUAUUUAUAUCACACCCCUUGAGGUGUAUACCUUCCUCAUGGAUAUAUAGAUGGUGCACCGCGCGGUACAAAAUCCUCUGUUUAUGCCAUUUGUCAAGGCCCAAAAAUCAACUGAACAUCUGUGCGGCCUUUUUUCGAAUCCUGCAUAGUAUGGGAUAUUUUAUGCACCGAUUUAUCCUUCUUGUUGCUGGGAAAAAAAUCAAAUUAAUUGGGGAUAUGCUUUUGGACGGUUGUUUGUCAAUAUAUGACGGUGUCUAAUUGAUUUAUUGUUAUUUUGCUUGUGGACAAAGGAAUCCUUCUUUGAUUGUUAGGGGACCCUUCUAUUUUUCUUCUUUUGAGUGACCCUUUUUGUUGUCUCCUGUAUAUUAUAUAUAAUGUAGCAACGCUUUUUAGC